AUCAGCGACUAGUUAUACGGCCAUUUUAUAUAUCGAUACAUAUUUUGUCUGAAAUUCGAAAUUAAAGGAAUUUUGCUGUAUAUUUAUUUUUGCGAGUGCUGGUUCACCGUGGCCGCAGCAUAAGAAGAAAGGGCUUGAGAGUUUGAAAAUACUCUCAACGCCGUGGAUUUGAUAUCACAAAUAUAUAUGUUGGAACGAUGAUGUAACAAUGAUCAUAGUGCUUGCUAUCUAUUUCAUGGAUUACGGUGAUCAACAAGUCGUUUUACUCGAAACUCUCUAGUGGUCUGUUGUGUUCUGAGCCAGAGGUUUAUAGUAGACAUGAUGGCCGAACAACAAGUUGACGGACCUCCAAAUAAGAAGCAGAAAAUUGGUAGUACAAGUGCAUCGACGGACAGCGAAGAUGCUUUUAUUGAUGAGCUGCCUGACGAGUUGUUUGAACCCAAAAAUGGAGAGGCAGAGGAAAAUAAUAGCAAAACCAACGAAUUGCAACAGUUGUUGGAGAAUGAAACGCAAAAUAACAAUUUGUCAAGCAACAAGAUGCAUCCAACUGCAAACUCUGUUGCAAUUGUUGGGAAAGAUUUAUCAAAUCCAAAUAGUCCUUUGAUUAACAGUUGUUCAAAUUCAGUUCCUUCACCAAAUUUCAAUAAGACCACUGUUUCACCUUCACAAAUUACCACUAGUGCAACAAAGUCAUCAACUCCAAAUACUGUUCCCAAUAUGAUUGCGUCACCUGCCAUUAUGAAUUCACAGCAUCACCAAGGACCGAGUAAUCGUGCGAAAACUCCAAUCUCAAAUACUAUGAGUACUGUAACUCCCAUGACAAGUGUUCCUCAAAAUUUUCCAUUGCCUGGGUAUAAUGCAGCAUCAUCACCAGGACAUGUUAAUCCUGCAUUAUCAUCAAGAAUUAGAAGCAAUCUUGUUUCAAAUCAAAACUCUAGUUCAAUGAAUAAUUUUUCAAGGCAUAUGACUGUUGAUCAAACAAAUCACAUAAAUGCUUUAAAUUCAAUGUCUGUUAAUACCAUGGUCACUGUGAAAUCUGAACCUAAUUACAUGAUGGGACAACCUGGAUUACCUAUAAAUCAUACUGGAGUGACCGCAAACCAUGUUGGAAUGACUGGUAACCAAGCUGGAAUACCACUUAAUCAAGGAACAAUGCCAAUGAAUCAGGGCCCACUAUCUGUUAACCCACCUGGAAUGGCUAGUAACCAAGUUGGUGUGCCUGUUAAUCCAUCUGGAAUUCCAAUAAAUCAUUCUGGUAUACCUGUUAAUCAAAACAUAAUGCCUGCUGCACAAGGUGGUUUGCAAGUGAAUCAAGGUGGAAUUCCUUUAAACCAAGGGAGUAUGCAAUUAAAUCAUGCUAGAAUACCUGUUAAUCAAACUGGUGUUGCCAUUAACCAAAGCGGAUUGAGUUUAAAUCAUGGUGGUAUGGGCAUUAACCAAAAUGCAGUAUCAGUAAAUCAAGGUGGAUUGACUAUGAACCUUGGUGGAAUCACAUUGGGAGAGAUGAUGGGGGCGAAUCAAGGUCACAUGACGUCUGGUACAAUUCCCCUUCAACAACAAGCAUCUGGACAAAUGGGUCUGCCUGGAGAUUCAAUGGAAAAUCACUUGGGAAGUUACACGAAUCUUUCCAAUUUAGGAUCAUCAACGAGUCUCAAUGCAUUAAACAUAACAUCUCAUCUUGAUGGCACUAUUGCUAAAAUUGAACCUGGCAUUACUACUGUUACUGGAACGACAGGAACUGUCCCCUCACAAACACCAACAGCUGACCCUGAGAAGAGAAGAUUGAUUCAGCAACAACUUGUUCUUCUACUUCAUGCACACAAAUGUCAAAGACGAGAGCAAAAUAUUUCUAAUGGUGAAGUAAAGUCAUGUAAUCUACCUCAUUGCAGAACCAUGAAAAAUGUUUUGGCUCACAUGACUGUAUGUAAUGCAGGAAAAUCAUGUCAAGUUGCACAUUGUGCAUCAUCUCGGCAAAUAAUAUCCCACUGGAAAAACUGUAAAAGAAGCGACUGUCCUGUUUGUUUGCCAUUAAAGCAUGCCAAUGACAAACGACAGACACAAGCGGAUAAAACAAAAGAGUGGCAUGCACAAGUCACUGCUGAUUUGAGAAACCAUCUUGUUCAAAAACUUGUCACUGCAAUAUUUCCAACACCUGUAAAUGAUCCGAAAGCUCUCAAAGAUAGAAGGAUGGUUAAUCUUGUUGCAUAUGCACGAAAAGUCGGCGAUAUAUGUAAAACUGCCAGCAGUAGGGAGGAAUAUUAUCAUUUACUCGCGGAAAAAAUUUACAAGAUCCAAAAAGAACUUGAAGAGAAAAGACGUCGUCGUUCAGAAAUGAAUAACCAUAGUCUACCACAGCCUUCGUUACUUCCUGGUUCUACUGCACCUACAAUGCCUGUUUCGACGUUUGGAGAUAUGAAUGGAGAUAUAGGUAACAAUGCUGAAGUACAUUUAACGCAACCUGUUGGAGCAAUGAAUCGACAAACUCCUGUACCGAUGGCAGCUGGUAUGCCAUCUCAAACCUCACUGUCCAAUAACAUCUCGCACAAUGUGGGAUUACCAUAUCAUUCCUCAUCAAUGAAAACAUUGGUAAAUCAUCUAGCAAUAUUCCUCCUUCACCACGCAUGUCACCACAAUCGUCUACACCUCGUCAAUCGCCUUCUCCUGCACAUUCAAACGAAUCAUUCUCAAAUGCCAACAGCGCCUAUAUCUGCAAAACAAUCAUUUGAGUCAGCGGGUCAAACAACACCUGAUACCUCAAGUCAGCUUGCGCAAAUCCCCGAUACGAAACCAAACAUGACAGCCACGCCAAAAAUCGAAGACAUGAAACCUCCUUCAUGUUCUACAAGUUCAACACAUUCCUCUUUGAGUUCAACUGUUCGACAGCCAUUUCGUAGACAUUUUCUUCCUGAAGAACUUCGAAGAUAUCUUAUGCCUACGCUGGAAAAACUGUAUAAAAUGGAUCCUGAAGGUUUACCAUUUCGGCAACCUGUUGACCCAAAGAUGUUGGGAUGCAUGGAUUAUUUCGAUAUUGUAAAGAAGCCAAUGGAUCUGUCUACAAUCAAGAGGAAGUUAGACACUGGCCAAUAUAAAGAUCCUUGGGAGUUUUGUGAUGACGUGUGGCUGAUGUUUGAAAAUGCCUGGCUUUAUAAUCGUAAAACAUCCAAAGUUUACAAAUAUUGUUCAAAGUUGGCUGGUUUUGAGCUAGAAAUUGACGUUGUAAUGCAAAGUUAGGAUUUUGCUGCGGCCGUAAAAUAUGUAUUUCAUCCGCAAGUUUUAUGCUGUUUUGGAAAGCAUUUAUGUACAAUAUCUAGAGAUGCUCCUUAUUAUACUUAUCAAAACAGAUAUCAUUAUUGCGAAAGAUGUUUCAACGAACUGCCUGGUGAAGUGCAGUUAGGAGAAGAUCCAAUGAGUGCUGGUGGAUGUAUAAGGAAAGAAUGCUUUGAGCGAUUAACUAACAAUCAUUUGGAUCCCGAACCUUUUGUCGAAUGUAUUGAUUGCGGAAGGAAAAAUCAUAAGAUUUGUGUACUACAUCACGAGUCCAUUUGGUCAAAUGGGUUUCAGUGUAAACAGUGUCUUGAAAAGCGUGUCUUGUAAAAAGAAAAUAAAUAUAACGCAAAACGUCUCCAACAUACAAAGCUUGGUGAAGUUUUAGAAAAUCGAGUGAAUGAAUUUUUAAAGAGAAAUAAUUCCGGUGCUGGUGAAGUAACGAUACGCGUAGUCUCCAGUGUCGAUAAAAUUGUUGAGAUUAAACCAGGAAUGAAAUCAAGGUUUGACAGUUCUUGUCAAGACGGUUUUCCUUAUCGUGCCAAGGCUUUUGCCUUUGAAGAAAUCGGUGGUGUAGAUGUUUGUUUUUUUGGCAUGCAUGUUCAAGAAUAUGGUUCAAAUUGCCCCACACCAAACACGCGACGAGUUUACAUCUCUUACUUGGAUAGUGUUCAUUUCUUUCAUCCGCGACAUUUUCGAACGGCCGUUUACCAUGAGAUUCUUAUUGGAUACUUGGAGUAUACAAGGAAACUCAGGUAUGUCUGGGCUCAUAUAUGGGCUUGUCCACCAUGUGAAGGAGAUGAUUAUAUAUUUCAUUGUCAUCCACCUGAGCAGAAGAUUCCACGACACAAACGUCUUGUAGAUUGGUAUAAGAAAAUGUUAGAUAAAGCUGCAGCCGAAGGAAUUGUGGUGGAGUACAAGGAUAUUCUCAAGCAAGCGCUGGAUGAUAAUCUUGAGAAAGCAACAGAAUUGCCGUAUUUCGAUGGUGAUUUUUGGCCGAAUACUUUAGAAGAUAGUAUAAAAGAACUUGAUCAAGAGGAAGAAGAGAGAAAAGCGUCAGCUCUUGCUGAAGCGGCCGGUGAUAUGGUAAACAGUAAGGGUUGUAAGAACAAGGCGGGAAAGAGAAGUAACAAUAAGAAAGGAAGUAAAAAGAACAAUCAACGAAAGAAUACAAAAAAAGCAAAUGGUCAAGGUCUUAAUGUUUGUGAUUUAUCUCAAAGACUCUAUAACACCAUGGAAAAACACAAAGAGGUCUUUUUCGUGAUAAGGAUGUAUGAAGAUGAUGAAAUACAAUCCUUGACGACAGAAACAGGGGAUCCAGAUCCGUCAAUGUCAUGCGAUCUUAUGGAUGGCCGUGAUGCGUUUUUGACACUGGCACGAGAUAAACAUUGGGAAUUCUCAUCAUUGCGUCGUGCUAAAUAUUCCACAAUGUGCAUGUUAUUUGAUUUACACAAUCAAGGACAAGAUCGUUUUGUUUAUUCAUGUAAUCUUUGUAAGAGACAUGUUGAAACAAGGUACCACUGUAGUGAAUGUGAGGACUUUGACCUGUGUGUACCAUGUUAUAACGAAAAAGGACACGAACAUAACAUGGAGAAACUUGGUUUUGACUUGGAUGUUGAACAACAAACACCGACGAAAAACCAAUCUGCACAACCAAACAAUUCUCAAGAACAGCGUCGUUUAUCAAUUCAACGUUGCAUUGAUUCACUCGUUCACGCCACCAACUGCACCAAUGUUAACUGCAAGGUACCAAGUUGUCUGAAAAUGAAAAGAGUUGUAGAGCACACGAAAAAUUGCAAAAAGAAGGGUAAUAAUGGCUGCCCCAUUUGCAAACAACUUAUUGCUUUGUGUUGUUAUCACGCCAAACAUUGUCGUGAACAAGAAUGUGGAGUUCCUUACUGUCGUCAUAUAAAGACGAAAUUCCGACAACAACAAGCUCAGCAACAGUUUCAUCAAGCUCAUUUGAUGCGUCGUCGAAUGGCUGUCAUGCGCAGUAUGCAACAACCUCAACAACAGCAACUCACGUCUAAUUCCAGUAACAUGGUCAAUCAAGGCAUAACUCAUCCUUCGUCUUUAACUGCUCGUCCACCUAGUUAUGUCCAACCUCAAAUAACUCAAACAUCUGCUCCUCCACCCCCUGCUGCUGUAGAAGUUGCACGAGCCAUAUGCCGUGAGGCAAAUACAGGAAGACAAUAUUUACCAAUGCCUGUAAGCAGACCCAAUAUGCCUACAGGACCAGUUAAUACUCCUAUAAACAAUGCAAUGAAUGGUCCAAUGAGUAGUAAUCAAAUGCGACCUACCAUGAACAUGAAUCUUGUUAAGGGACAGACAAACGUUCAACGGCAAAUUCAACCUACGCAAUCAACGAUGCAAAACUGGUACAACGGAAAUAAUCAAAUUCAGCAGCCUCAUGUACCACAGCAGCCACCAAUGUAUCCCACAAAUCAACCAAGACCGCAACGUCAACCACGACCUAUUUUGCAAGAGCAGAUGGCGAGGAUUGUAAAUAUCAUAAAAAAUAAUCAAGGUCAACAAACUGCUGAGUGUCUUCAAAUGAUGAGAGAGAAUCCACAACUUAUGGCGAUGUUUCUACGGUUAAGACAGCAGCAACAUCAGCAACAACAACAACAACAACAACAACGUCAAGUUCAACAGCAACAACAGUUGCAGCAAAUGAUUCAAAACCAAUCCGUUUCUCAACCAAUGAUGCCGCAACAGUGGUCUAGAAUGAGAUUGACACCUCAGCAACAGCAAGCGCAACUUCAACAUCAGGCACAACAACUUGCUCAACAACAAGCAAAGAACAACAGCAGCAGCUUCAUCAACAACCGUUGUCAGCCACGCCCAACCUCCAUCAAGGUGAAUGUACAUGGAAUGUCAAAUAUGAAUCCAAACAUGAGUAUUAACAACAUGUCACAAGUCCAGUCAAUGCAAGGAAUGCAACAUAAUGUUUCCAACAUGUCUAAUUUACAAAAUGUUCAAAACAUUGUGGGUAGCACAAACGGACUUCAAGGCAUUUCACAACAACAAGUAGCUCAACAAAACAUUUACAACCAGCUGCAGCAAUCUCCGUUUGUAACAAAUCAACGUCGAUUGAAUACUGCCCAACAAGAACAUCAUUAUAAUAAUAUGAUGCAACAGCAUCCAUUGUCUAGUGGGCAAUUGUUACAACAGUCAACUCAGCAACAUUUUGCAAAUAAGUCGUCAUUACAACAACGAUUAAUGCCUCAACAAAACACCCCAUCUCAACCUGGAACGACGUUACUUCCAAAUCAAUCACCACGCUCGGUUAUGUCACCUUCAACUCCACCUAUUCUACCUUCAUCAUCAUCUCCUAGGCAACAGACGAUGUCACCAUCUCCAAGACAAUCUGUAAUGUCACCUCAUACUCAAACUACAAUCGCUUCACCUCGUACAAUCGCAUCGCCACAUCCAUCGUCAAACACACUAGAUACCACUGACUUGACAGACCCAUCUUUGUUUGGAUCGAACAGAAGAAUUCAACCGUUAGCCCCACUUGCCUCGCCUGACCUGAAUCAAGAAGACAACGAUGCACUUGGGCCAUUAACACCUUCUGACCAGCUGUCUAGAUAUGUAGACAAUUUAUAGUAUUUCUUUUUCAUAAAGAUUGUUUAUACUUAGAAUAUCAUAUUAGAGCCUCCUCUAUUUUAACAAUGCGUCUUUGAAGAAGAACGACAAUGAAAUUUUCUAAACGUAAUGAUAUUUGUAUACAGCCUUAAUAAAUAAUUAAUGAUAACAUAUUGUAGUUUUAGUGAGAGAAUUGCCCCCAUUCACAUGAAAUAUUUGUACAAAAACGUCUUAUUUGAAAGUAUAUUAUAUAUUUGUGAGUGUGUGUAUUUUGAAAUAGGAUGAGGUAGCUGUAAUAUGUAUCUCUAACAGAGAGAUUAAAAUAAGCUAUUUACAUUGA